AUGGGCACAGGAAAGAAGAAAAUAGAGAUGGAGAAAAUUACAAAGAAAAGUUGUAGAAUGGUGACAUUCUCCAAAAGAAGGAACGGACUUUUCAAGAAAAAUGAAGAACUUGAAUCCUUGACGGGUUCUCAAGUUUCCUCUGUUGUUCUUUCACCCGCUGGAAGGAUUUAUACUUACGGAGACGUUAACACUGCUAUCAACAUGCAUUUUUCCAAAAUUGAUUGCAUGAGACAAUCAGAUUCUGAUGUUGUUGUUUCUAGUGGAUCCUCAGAGUUGAGAUCAUCAUCGAAAAGUCUCCGAGAUUGGCUGGAGGAUAUAGAUGUUGAACAGUGUCAAAAUUUGAAUCAACUUUUAUUGUUGAAGGAGCAAUUGGAAGGAACUAAAAAAAAGAUUGUUUCCAUUGAAGAUUCUAAGUCCUUUCAAGCUUUGUUUAUGUAG